CCGUCCCGCCGCCCGAGUUACCGGCGCCCGCUCCGCUGUCGCUUCCGGCUCCAGCAGCCGCCGUCAUGUGACCGCGGCGCGUCACGUGAGCGCCAGGCCCCGGAAGCGCUCCGCCAUGGCGCGCGUGCCGCACGUGGUGGCCGACAGCGGCGCGUUCCUGAGCGCGGCCCCGCUGCAGGACCUGGCGCUGAACCUGUACACCGUGCCCGAGGUGCUGGCCGAGAUCCGCGACCGCGCGGCGCGCCGCCGCCUGUCCGCGCUGCCCUGCGAGCUGCGGCUCCGCCGCCCGCGCCCCGAGCUGCUGCGUCUCGUCACCGACUUCUCCAAGAAGACCGGGGACUACCCGAGCCUCUCGGCCGCAGACCUGCAGGUGCUUGCCCUCACAUGCCAGCUGCAGGCCGAGACCGACGGCACCGGCAGCCUCCGCUGGGAGCCGCAGGACAAGGUGCGGCUCAGCUCCACCCCUCAGCACCCCGAGGCCCCCGUGCACCUCGCUGGCUUCCACCUGCCCGCCAAGCACAAGCGCCCAGGGAAGGGCCAGCACCAGCCCAGCCCUGAGAGCAGCACCGGCCCCUCAGAGAGUGACGAGUUCAGCUCCUUCCUGUACUGGCGAGCUCCCCUGCCCAGCAUCGAGGAGGAGCUGCAGGAGCUGCUGAAAGCUGAAGCCAUCUCCGUCAGCCAAGAGACGUCCGAGGAGCAGCAGAGCUCUGAGGAUGGAGGCAGUGCCGAGGAGGAUGAGGAGGAGAGUGAUGACGAGGGCUGGAUCACACCCAGCAACCUCAAGCAGGUGCAGCAGGACUUGGGGCACUGUGACACUGUUCCCGUUGGGGUCCAGGUCGGCUGCGUCACCACAGACUUUGCCAUGCAGAACGUGCUGCUGCAGAUGGGCCUCCACGUGCUGGCAGUGAACGGGCGGCUGAUCCGCCAGGCCCGGAGCUACAUCCUGCGCUGCCACGGCUGCUUCAGGACCACCUCGGACAUGAGCAAGGUUUUCUGUCCUCACUGCGGUAACAAGACGCUGAAGAAGGUGGCGGUGAGCGUGAGCGAGGACGGGAGCCUGCACAUGCACUUCUCCCGCAACCCCAAGGUGCUGAACCCCCGCGGGCUGCGGUACCCGCUGCCGGCGCCGCAGGGAGGGAAACACGCCAACAACCCGCAGCUGGUGGCCGACCAGCGCUUCCCGCAGCAGCGCCUGUCCCGCAAGGCCCGGCAGAAAACCAACGUGUUCGACCCCGACUACGCGGCGGGGCCGUCGCCCUUCGCCGAGAACGACGUGUACAGCCGCGCGGCGCAGCUGCAGAUCCGCGACGCGGCGCUGGGCGCCGGCCGCCGCCGCCUCAACCCCAACGCCGUCACCGGCAAGUUCGUGAAGAGGAGGUGAAGGGACCGUGAGGGAAGGAGCAGCCGCAGCGGCUGCUGCCUGGUGCUGGCCCGGGACUGCGAGGCCUCGCCGCCCAGGGCAGCUGCAGGGCCUUUCCUUCCUCCGCUGCUGCCUGCGAUGCCAUCCCUGCCCGGAGCAGCUUCCCCCUGCUCGGCCCCAGGCCGCGGCUGCAUCACUAAUAAACACCAAACCCUGCAGCACCAGGGCUCGGUCUGGUUUCUGGGGAUGCCUGUGCCCAGUUCCCGGGCCAAGGUGUGCCGUGCCCUGAGCCUCAGGAACAAGAGGCAGCUGGGGAGGGUUGCUGAGGGUCUCAUGUCUCUGUCUCGU